GGAAGUAGCGGGCAGUUGGCCGGAAGUGGAGCUGUGAGGUCCGGGUGUUGCUGGUGGAGUGGCGGUGGCGCGGCAGCUCGCGGGAUCCAGGGUCUGGUGUUGCGGCGCCCGUGUUCACCAGGCUCAGGCUAUUUCUGAUGCUUGGAAGCUACCCUUUCAACCACAAAGAUGGUCAUAAAUCUUUGCCUCCCACAGUUCAGACCAAGAAUUUACUGCAACAAGAUAUCAGCUGAUGGUUAUGAAGUAGAAAAUCUCAUCUCUGAAGACCUGACAAAGAGAAGUCAUGGUUUUAGGACAGAGUAUUUCAUUAAGCCACCGGUCUACGUGAUAGUUUCCUUUCCCUUCAGUGUGGAAAUCUGUAGGAUUAACAUAGACCUCACAGCUGGGGGAGGCCAGAAUGUCACCGGCCUGGAAAUGUACACAUCUGCCUUAUCCAGCAGAGCAUCUUGGAAUGCCCCCGAGUGUCGGACCCCGGGCCCCGCUGAGCCGUCCAUCCCAGACAAGGAGGCGUUCACCUUAGUAGGCAAAGUCUUAUUGAAAAACCAGAGCCAAGUGGUGUUUAGUCACAGGGGCUUCAAGGCCAGGCCACCUUUUGGCCCAAUGGACGCCACACUCCCCUCUCCUGCUGUUGUGGCACAGGAGCUCUGGAAUAAAGGGGCUCUUUCCCUUAGCCACGUGGUCCAUCUCAAGAUCUGUAUCACCCACGUGACAGGCAGCGGUAUCCCUUGCAUCAAACGAUUGGAAGUGUGGGGUCAGCCAGCUAAAACCUGCUCUCAGGAGGUGAUAGACAGUGUCCUGCUGGUUGCCUCAGAGAGCCUCCCUCAGGACUUGACUCUGCAGGCCCCAGCCUUGCCCAUGGAGAGUGACUGUGAUCCCGGAAGCCUGUCUGAGGGCCAGCAGGCCCCCUCCAGCCUGCAGGAGCUAGCCGAGGUGAUUCAGGAUGUGCCUGAGGAGUUCCUGGAUCCCAUCACCCUGGAGAUCAUGCCUUGCCCCAUGCUGUUGCCUUCAGGCAAGGUCAUCGACCAGAGCACGCUGGAAAAGUGUAACCGCAGCGAAGCCGCCUGGGGCCGAGUGCCCAGUGACCCUUUCACGGGGGUAGCCUUUACUCCACACUCCCAGCCCCUGCCUCACCCCUCCCUGAAGGCCCGGAUCGACCAUUUCCUGCUCCAGCACUCCAUUCCAGGCUGCCAUCUGCUUGGGAGAGCACAGACUGCGUUGGCAGUGACACCUUCUUCCAUUGCUCUGCCCUCUCGGAAAAGGAAGAUGGAGCAGACUGAACAUGCCCCGGACAGUAGCCUUGGGGUAAACGCUUCCUGUUUUUCUACCACAAGCCUUCUGGUCUCACCCACUACCUCAGAGCACACCGCUAAGAAAAUGAAAGCUGCCAGUGAACUUGGGCUGACACAUAUGGACUGCUCAACAGGUCCCGUGUCCCACGAGCAGAAGCUGUCACAGAGCUUGGAAGUUGCCUUGACAUCGACUCUUGGCUCCAUGCCCUCCUUCACGGCUCGGCUGACCCGGGGACAGCUCCAACAGCUCGGCACAAGAGAGAGCAGCACCUCCUGGAGGCCAGGCGCCGCCUCGGAGCAGCCUGGGAGCAUCCCGGGGCCCGAAUGUGCCUCCUGCAAAAGAGCGUUUUCUCCCUACUUCAAAAAGGAGCCUGUGUACCAGCUCCCCUGUGGCCACCUCCUAUGCCGGCCCUGCCUGGGUGAGAAGCAGCGCUCCCUGCCCAUGACGUGCACAGCCUGCCAGAGGCCAUUUGCCAGCCAGGACGUGCUGCGUGUCCACUUCUGAGUGACCGGCUCCAACCUGAGAAGACCUGUCGAUGGGAGGAGCUGAGGGAGUGUGUGUGUGGGGUUGGGGGGCACGAUCCCCUGAAGUCAGGCCAAAUCCCAAGCACAGAGGGGCCCUUUCUUCCCCAGGGGCUUUCCCUGCCUCCUUCCAGAGUGUAGCACCCGGGCCAGAGCACAGGGGAGGGGCGCUCCACUCCUGCUCAAGUGGCAAUAGGGUAACAAAGCCAUAGUUUGGGCUGGGAGGGAUAGGGGAUGUAUCCCUGCCCUCCUGUGCCUCCCUGCCACCCCCCUGCCAGAGCCCAGGGCCUGUUAGAGCCAGCCCCACCCUGCCAAGGGCACCCCGAGUUGUCUGCACACACACCCCAGCCCUGCAGGAUGGACCCGAGUGGAGCAUGAGAGACCAUGGCUUGAGAGCUCAAGGACAGCCUCCGCCCGUGGGGUCACCUAGAGUGUUCCGUGGCUGGAGUCUGCGGUGAGUGACUCAGCCCCCGACUGGCAGACGACUCUGAGCCUUAAUAAAGCGAUGGUUGACGUCUG